AGUGCAUGAAAAAAAGAAACACACGUGGGUUGUCUUCUCAGACAAUUUUUUUUCGCCCAUUCUUUUAUUCAUGUUUUAGACGCACAUGUUUUAAUUCAUAUUGAAACUUAUACACAUAUUGAGCUGGUAAGAGCCCCUGAAUACCGAUGUUUAUUUUAUAGUUUGCCAGCUGAACUCGUUCUAACCGCAUUGAACUAUCAGUGUUUAUAAACCAACAGUGUUUAUGCAAAAUAUUUACAGAGAUAAGAUAAAACAGAUAACGUUAUACAAACCGUCACACUAGUUGAGAUGACAGUCAGCAACGACUAUUUUAAUAACAUUCCUGCAGUCGUUUAAUAAUAGUAGGACUUUCGUUUAUAUUUUAAAGAACUAUGGAACAUUUGCCAGACUCUAAUGCCAGAUAUAAAGAUGUGGAUUACUGGAAUGAGCGGUACAGGACGGAGGAAAGCUUCGAGUGGUUCGGAGACUUCACUAAAUUUGGACAUCUGCUCAAACAGCAUGUGGGAUCUGACGAAAACAUUUUGAUGCUGGGUUGUGGUAACAGUGCUCUGAGCUAUGAUAUGUACCAGGCCGGCUACACCUCCAUCACUAAUGUGGAUUACUCCAGUGUUUGUGUGGAGAGCAUGGCGGAGAGGCACAAGGACUGCGCUCAGCUCAGCUGGUUGUGCAUGGACGCCCGUCGACUGGCCUUCUCUGACGGUGUGUUUGAUGUGGUUUUGGAGAAGGGAACUCUGGACGCCAUGCUGGUGGACGAGACCGACCCGUGGAAGGUCUCCGAGAAGGCGGCCCGACUGCUGCACCAGGUUCUCUUAGAGGUCAGUCGUGUUUUGAAACCCGGAGGCCGAUUCAUCUCUGUUACAUUUGCGCAGCCACAUUUCCGUAAGAGACUCUACGCUCGAGCAAAGUACGACUGGUCUAUCAAGCACUAUCACUAUGGCAGCAGCUUCCACUACUUCCUGUAUGUUCUCACCAAAGGGGAGGAGCUUAACUCAGAGGAUGCGGCACUGGAGAAGAGUCCGCUCCAGGAAACUCAGGCUUCACCCACUUAUGUCACAUUUCAGGAAGUGGACUCUGAGGACUUCCUAAAUAACAUUGGAUUAUAGGGACUUGUACAGCAUUUGUCAAGCAUCAAUGUUGUUCCAAAUUCAUCUUUCUUUCAUGGAAAAGGUUUCUUUUUUCUUUUCUUUAAUAUGCUUUUGUGUUCGAGGAAAGAAAGAAAAUACAGAUUUUUAAUACAACAUCCCACAUUGUUCCAACACUGUUAAAUCCCUUUAACAGUUCGCUGGCCUUCUUUUUUUUUAAACAGGAUUGCUCUGUUUAUCUG